GCUUGCCAGCAAGCCACAACGUGGCUUGCUGUUGGCUUCAAGCAAGCCACGUUGUGGCUUGCAUGCUUGCCAAGUGGUUUGCAAGCUCUUGCACACUUGCCACGUGGCCUGUCACGUGGCGUGCAAGCAAGUUGGCGACCUUGCCUUUGGCUUGCAUACUGGCCAAUAAGUUGUCUUUCGCAGACAUAUCGUGUCCUGACUGAUUUUUACGAGCAAUGGGUUGAUGUCCUCCCGACCCUGGAUUUUCAACUUCCUUUGUUCCGAAUCAGUCGGAAAGUCUUACUUUCAAUCGUUGUGGGACUACAACCCACACGCGCAUUUCCAUUCAAGUUUUUCCAACAAUGUCUUCCGUAUGGCUUCUCCUCUGUUGCCUCGCCUCGUUCCCCCCUUCCCGAUCUUCCUUACCGCUGUCUUCCCCAGCUGAAUCCGCCUCCACCGAGCCACCGCCUUUUCCCGUUAAUUCCGCCUCCACCGAGCCGCUGUCUGCCCCCGUUGGUUCCGCCUCCACCAAGCCGCUGCCUUUUCCCGUUAAUUCUGCCUCCACCGAGCCGCUUCCUUCACCUGAGCCGCUUCCUUCCCCCGUUGCUUCCGCCUCCACCAAGCCGAUGCUUACCCCCGCUAAUUCCGCCCCCACAGAGUCGCAGCCUCCACUCGAGCCGAUGCCUUCCUCUCCUGAUUCCGCCUCCACCGAGCCGCUGCCUUCCCCCGCUGAUUCCGCUUCCAUCGAGCCGCUGCCUCUCUCACCUGAUUCCAACCGCGCCGGCCGUGCUCUCUCGCGCGUCCUCUCCGCUGUGUCCAGCGCCCCCGUCGACUCCCGCAAGUACGACCUCGUACGCUCUCUCGCCGAUCGGAUCCUUUACAGAAACCUCGGCAGCGGCGUGGAAGAACUCCUGGAUCUCAACCGCGCAGCUCUGGCCGUCGCUUUCGCGAGGACGAUCGCACUCCUCGAGGCCUCCAUCGAGGCGGAGGUGCGUCUGGCAUCGGGGCUGCGGCCGAGUUGGGCCUCGCAGGCGAGAGAUGAGCAGCGCGGUGCCUCGGCGGAGACGAUGUGGCUUGGGCAAAAGAUGGCGGAGAGCAGCGCCGCCUCGACGGCGGUGACGAUGUGGGGGUCGAUGUUAAGGCUCCCUGUGCUCGCAAUCUCCGUCAAGCCGCGUCUUCAAAACGUAAUCGUCCGUGUUUGCGAAUUUAUGUUCACACUCAUCGUCGACUCGGAGGAAUUGGAGUUGGAGGGAAAUUCAACAAGCUCCCGACUAGCAAUGCUCAGGCAUGGCUGCCAUUACUUUGCCAACUUGGAAAGAAACCAGAUACGGUCAGAUUACUGGAGAGAAUGAUCGAGAAAUUUCCUUACGAGGAGCAAGAGGAUAUUCUAUCUUUCUGGCUUGAUCACUACACCACUUGUGUCGAUUUCAAUUGUCUUAAUCUCGAAAGUUGCUACAUGCGUUGCUACUCUGAAUCUCAAAACAUCAAUCUCAA